AUGAAAAGGGAGCAGCACAGAAUAGUAGGGUUAGUAUUAGUAUUAGUAUUAGUAUUACGGUUGUUUGAAUGGGUUCCGCUCCGAUGCGGCGGCGAUGGUUUGCCGUUUAAGGCGGUGAAUUUGGGCGGAUGGCUUGUUAUCGAAGGCUGGAUGACUCCUUCUCUCUUUCACAAUAUUCCCAACAAAGAUCUUCUGGAUGGAACACAAGUGCAUUUCAAGUCCGUAAAGCUCAACAAGUACCUAUGUGCAGAACACGGCGGCGGUUCGUCUUUGGUAGCCAAUCGCAACAUUCCGAAAACCUGGGAAACUUUCAGGUUAUGGAGAAUAAACGAAACCACCUUCAAUUUCCGAGUUGUGAACAAAGAUUUCAUCGGGCUUAGUAGUAGUGAUCAAGGUGAAGGGAAUUAUAAAGUGUUGGCAGGUGCAGCCGAACCAGGUACAACCGAAACUUUCAGAAUAGUAUCGAAUGUCGACAAUCCACGCCGAGUGCGUAUCCAAGCAUCCAACGGCCUUUUUCUUCAGGCAGAAAACGAGAACUCCGUAACGGCUGAUUACUCGGGAAGUUCCGACGAAUGGGAGAAUGAAGAUCCCUCUGUAUUCGAAAUGCAUAUAAUCAAAAUGGUACAAGGCGAAUACCAGUUAACCAACGGUUAUGGUUUAGAAGAAGCUUCGAAAAUAUUGAGGAAUCAUUGGAGCACGUAUAUUGUGGAAGACGAUUUCGAAUUUAUGUCUCGGCACGGUUUGAAUGCCGUUAGAAUUCCGGUUGGGUGGUGGAUUGCAUACGGUCUCGUUCCACCAAAGCCUUUUGUAGGGGGUUCGUUGCAAUCUUUAGACGAUGCUUUCGAAUGGGCUCUUAACCACAAUAUGAAGGUGAUCUUGGAUCUACACGCAGUUCCGGGAUCGCAGAACGGUAAUCAUCACAGCGGAACACGGGAUGGAUUUAUCGAAUGGGAUGAUUCGAAGAUACCGGAAACUGUUUCCGUCGUCGACUUCUUAGCCAAAAGGUAUGCCGAGCAUCCAAGUCUUGGAGCGAUCGAGUUUGAUUUAGUCCGUAGGUCUUCGUCUUCCUCAAGCCAGCUCCGUCCGUACUCCGGGUGAAUAAACCUGCAACGCCGGGAGGGGUUCCCGGCGAGAA